GAGUUAAAUCCGGAUCCGACCUUCACAGGAUGGGGCCCUUUCAUUCGCGAUGACUACUAUAUCCAACCGGUCACGGAGGGAGCGAUCAUUGUCGCCAGCUUGGUUUUCGGUCUUGCAAAUUUCUUCGCCAUUACAGCAGCGUACAUCGCUUACAGGCAAACAAGAGCAUGUCGGAAUCCGUUGAGGAGUGCAUACAUCUGGAUGAUAUGGCUGGAAUUAGCUGCAUCUUUCGUGAUCGCGAUUGAGUGCUUGCUGUACCUGUUGAAAGCAAUCAGACCGAGUUUCUGGUUCUACAUGUCAAUUUUGUUGAACUGGUCAAUUCAAGUGCAGUUACUCCUCCAAAUCAUCAUCAAUCGAGUGCGCAUCAUCUUGGCCGACAGACACAAAGGCCGUCUCCUCAUGAUCGGUACUGCCAUUAUCGUCACACUGAUCAACAUCAGUGUAUUCUGCAUAUGGAUGCCUGCACGCCUUCAGAUCAGCAAUCAGUGGGUUCACAUCAACAAUAUCUGGGAUCGAAUCGAAAAGGUCCUAUACUUGCUCAUUGACGGGUUUCUCAACUUCUACUUCAUGCGAGUAGUCAGAGCAAACCUUGUCAAGAACGGUCUUGAGAAAUACAACAGGCUUGUCAUGUUUAACCAGCGCAUAGUCGUCAUCUCUUUGCUGAUGGACGUCAUGAUCAUUGCCGCGAUGUGGGUCCCAAACGGAUUUGUAUAUGCCAUCUUCCACCCACUAGCCUACCUUGUGAAGCUCAACAUCGAGAUGUCAAUGGCGCACCUAAUCAAGAAGAUUGCAAUGGAUCGCUCACGCAACAGUGACCUGUUCAUCAUCCCAAACUCGUACAAUAGUGCU